AUGUCUGCUGUACCCGCUCGCCACAACAACGUCGAGGCUUUUCACGAGGUCCUUCGAUCCAGUCGCCGCAUCCUUGCACUCUGCGGAGCCGGUCUUUCGGCCUCGUCUGGCCUGGCUACGUUCCGUGGAGCUGGAGGAUACUGGCGAAAUUAUGAUGCGACUGCACUCGCAAGCUAUAAUGCCUUUAAGAGAGAUCCAGGACUUGUAUGGCUCUUUUACGCCUACCGUCGCCACAUGGCAUUGAAGGCCAAGCCCAACGCGGCUCACCACGCCCUGACAGCGCUGGCGCAGAAGAGGCCCGAGUUUCUGUGCUUGACACAGAAUGUUGACAACCUCUCUCAGCGUGCCCAACACCCUCCCGACCAGCUCAUGGCUCUUCACGGUAACCUUUUCAACAUCAAGUGCUCUGACGAUGCCUGCGAUUGGGUCCAGAGAGGCAACGUCGACGAUCCAUUCUGUCCGGCACUGAAAGCAGCCUCGGUAGAUGCCACGCCAGAAGAAAUGAGGGAUCUCCUUAAUCCAAUACUUCCCCUCGAUCCAAUCCCUCGGGACCAACUUCCCAGUUGCCCCAAGUGUAAGGCAGGAUUGCAGAGGCCUGCGGUAGUGUGGUUCGGAGAAACCCUGGAUGAAGCCAUGUUGAGGCGGGCAGAUGCCUGGAUGGAGAAGGAUACAGUGGAUCUCAUGCUGGUUAUUGGCACCGCAGCUCAGGUUGAACCUGCGGCAGGCUACAUCCGCUACGCCAGAAAGAGAGGCGCCAGCGUCGUUGUCGUGAACCCCGAAGCAGAGUCGGAGGAAGAGCUAAGGAAGAUUGGGCCACAGGAUUUUGCUUUUGCUCAGGAUGCAGCAGAGUAUCUGCCUCUGCUGUUGGAGCCAGUUAUUGGCAAGGCACAGGAAGACGGAAGCUAUCCGUAG